AUCACUGAUCGAUGAAACCACACGGUGUUCGUUUUGUUCAGACUGGCAGACAGAAUGCAUAGAUCGUAGCAAACUAUUUUAAAAUCCAGCGCGGGUUUGCUCGUGAAGGAUGAAUGAACCGCUUCUAAUGGUGUUGUUUUUGUCCGUUGCUUAUAACGUGGGUCAGAUAUGGCUACAAAGCGAUUAGCUAAAGAACUGGGUUUACUGAGGCAACGCAGCAACUCCUCUGGCUCCAAGAAACUGGUGUCAAAUCAGGUUUUUGCCUACAUCAUCGUCAUAGAUUUUGAGUCCACGUGUUGGAAGGAGAAGAACAACUAUGGCCAAGAAAUCAUUGAGUUCCCUGCGGUGCUGCUGAACACCUCCACAGGGGAGGUGGAGUCUGAGUUCCACUCUUAUGUCCAGCCUCAGGAACAUCCCGUUCUGUCAGAGUUCUGCACUGAGCUCACGGGCAUCACACAGAAUCAGGUGGAGGCUGGGGUUCCUCUUCAGAUCUGCCUGUCCCGCUUCAAUCGCUGGCUCCAGAGGCUGCAGCAUCAGAAGGGCCUUGUGUUUUCACAGAGACAGCACAGCACUGCUCAGCCCAUAGAGGCUCCUAAACUCUGCACUUUCCUCACAUGGUCAGACUGGGACCUGGGUGUGUGUCUGCUCUAUGAAUGUAAACGCAAACAGAUCAACAAGCCCUCGGUGCUCAACAGCUGGAUCGACCUGAGGAGCACCUACAGGCUCUUUUACAACAGAAAACCCAAAGGUCUGAACGGAGCGCUGCAGGAUUUGGGAAUACAGUUUGAAGGCCGGGAACACUCAGGGCUGGAUGAUGCUCGGAACACUGCACAGUUAGCUGCACGUAUGAUGAGGGAGGGCUGUGUGCUGAGGGUCACCCGCAGUCUAGACCGGAUGCCAAUGACUAACCUCAAAGCACCAUCUGAACCCAAGACACCAGCUAAACAGAAUGAAGUAAAGGACCAAGGAACAGCCACCACCAAACUCUCUUCCACCAGCUUUCUCAAACCAGGCUUAGACCAUCCAAACUCCACUGUGAACCCAAGCUCAGUUCAAAGUCUAGUCUCACCGAAGACGCUCCUCAAUGGAACAACUGUAUUAAGAGAACCAUGUCAGUCAACCAGAACCUCACCAAACCUGUCUGCAAUCACUGUUAAUAUGCCUUCACACAGUUUAACCCCCAAUACAGCAGGCUGCGUCCAAUUUCUACCCCAUUCACAACCUUUUAUCACGGAGGGUUCUUUUGAGGAGCUAGUGGUGGAGAGUGAGGAGAGAUGCGGUUCCUAUGACGAUGUGGUUUUGGACUCGGACGUUUCAGAAUUUGAAAGGUCAAGCUAUUCUUCAGAUGAAUCGGUCUAUGUGUCAAAACCAAUUAUUAAUACAACUGCAAGCAUUAGCAAAAAUAAACAAAAUGCUAAUCAGGAAGGUGGUUUGAAGCCAGAACUUGAGACAUGUUUUGCUGUGCCGAAACCUGUAAGCAAACCCAAACUUAGCCAUUGUCCAUCAGAGAAAGGUCAGAUGCCCUACAGCCUCCUAAACAAAUCUGACACCAGUUUUAGAUUAGCUAAUUUGUCCAAGGCACAAGUUUUGGUCUCGAAUACUCCAACUGUUCUUAAGCCUAAAACUACACAAUCUUUCUCCAUCUACACAGACUCAGAUGAUCCCGACUCCUCAACAUCACGUCCUUCUUUCUCCAAAAGUGUCCUAUCAAACUUGUCCGUCAACAGCUCCUUGAACAGAACCUGGGUUGGGGGGAUGAGAAAAGGAGAGAGUCGGAUCACCUCUCCACUGUGUGCAUGUGGGCGCAGGGCUAAGAGGCAGACAGUGUCAAACGGAGGGCCUAACCAAGGGAGGGCCUUCUUCUGUUGCCCCAGGAGACGAUCUAGCGGCAGGGACAGAGCGCCGAGCGGGUGUGGCUUUUUUAAAUGGGAGUCGGCAGUGCUUAAAAACAGUAGUGUGGGGACAGCAGCUGUACAAAAAUCGGUCUCUGUGUGUUACAUGAACACUACAGUGAGCGGUCGGCAGCACAACAGUUUGAGGAAGAGCUUUUGAAUAAUGAUAUGGUGCUGGUGUAAGGGUAAAGAGCAUAAAGAAAUAAGCAGUGUCAAAGGUGUGAUUGCUGGUUCAAAAGCACAGAUCACGUGUGUCUUUGGGCAAAACAAUUUCCACAUUUCUCAUUUGCAACAUGAAGAGCACAGGGUGUAUUUGUCAGUUUUACCUUUAGUAACAUAUUUAUCAAGUCAAAUUAUUAAAUCAAAAUGGACAGAAAAAGUUACAGUUUAGUUUUUACAUAUUUUUUCCCCUUUGUUCACCCAACUUGAUGAUCCUAUCAGGCUCGGGUCUACAGGGGUGCAAAAGGGUGCAUUGCAACCUCAGUUAAAAAUGUUUGCACCUUCAAAAUAAUGCUGCUUAAUGGAAGUGUAUUAUGUUUUCCCCCCAUUUGAAUCUCAAAUGCACCCUCGGUCAGUUCGGGCUGUAGUUGGGUCUACAUACCUGGUCAUGUCAUAUAUACAUAGGUUUACAUAGGUAUUCAAUGAGAGGGGACCAUUUCAUAUUAAAAAAGUCACUCAAUGAUAAUCAUAACUUUUUGUAAUGGCUUCUUACUUUGGUCAAUAUUUUAGGCACGGUUUAUAAGGAUCCCUAAUUAUGUGAGUAAGAUAUCAAGCUUGACUUCAAAUUGUAAUAUAAAGGAAACGUCAUAUGGAAUGUGUCUUAUUGUGUAUAGUGUAAACUAUUAUUUAAUAAUGGUAUUAAUCUGUUUUGUCCAUGUCUUUUGCUUCUGUGUGUAUAUUUUGAGUAGUAAUAAUUGCGACAUGUGAGUAUUCUAUUUUAAAACAUCUUUGGCCGUGGUUACAUGUGCACUCAAAAGCUGAUUACAGUAAUAUCAGGUUUUUGGACUAUUAAGAUUAUUAAAAUGACAUGUGCACAGC